AUGGCGUCCUGGAAUUUGCUCGACGACAAAAGCGAAGCCGAGCUUCACAAAUCCCGUCUUCUCAAUGUUGAAGAAAAGCCAUUCAAACGAAUCACCAAGCGCCUGUCCACCAUCUCUUCCGUCGUCUCCACAGCCAGUCAAUACAAUGUAUCAACACAAAACGGUGCCGAUGCCGCAAAGCUUCCAGCCAAUGACAGCUUAAAAGAAGAUCUCACUCUCGACUUUGCCGCUUUUGACAGCAGCAUUGCGCGUCUCCAGUUCCUUCACGAUGCCAACCAACGCGAGCGGGAGCGAUACGCGGCCGACCAGGAGCGCAUUUUAGCAGAAUGUCAAUCAGUCCGGGCAAACAAUGGACAAUUACGGGAGCAGCUAGACUCGAUGCGAGCAACGCUGGCACAGCGCAAGAAAUUCGACGAACUGGCAGAGAAGAUUACAUCCAAUAGACUAUUACGGCCCCGGGAAGAUCAGCUUGCCAAUUUGGCUAAGCUGGAAGAAGAGUGCAAGGAGCUGGAACGAGAGAGUGAAACAUAUAAAGAGACGUGGAACGAGCGCCGAGAACAGUUCAACAGAAUCAUGGAAGAGGGUAUGAUGCUGAGACGGCAGAUUCGCGACGAGAAGGAAGAAGUCGAUCGACGAGAGGGUAUGAAUGAAGAAGGAGAGGAUGAGGCAGACGGGGAGAGGGAGGGCACGACGCCUAGGCCAAUACCUAGCGGCGGCGCGACACCUCGCCCAGAUGGCGAAACGCAGCCGAAGGGCGAUGUGGACGUUGAGAACGAGGAUGGAGUUAUAAACCGUGCGGCUUCAAGUAGGGACCGCACACCUCUGGAUGGUACGCCUGCGCCUGAGAAGAUGGGAUCCAAGGCCGCUGCAACGCCGGCCGAUUCAACGUCAUCAGCACCGCAAGUCUCAACACAACAUCUACAGGUCCCAGGUGUAGCAACGCCUUCACAUCAAAGUGACCAAGGUGCUGGAGAUGUAGAUAUGGAGGACCAAGACGAGACUGAAAGGACAGGACAGGACAAUGAAGAUGGCGAGGAUGGAAUGGAAGUUGACGAGUAA